CACACCAGAGGCGAAUCGCCGCGAGCUUCGGCCAGCGCACCAAUGAAGCUCAGCAUCCUCAAGCUCGUCGCGCUCGUCUUCGGCGCCGUCGCGUCGCUCGGCACCGUCGCCUAUGCCGAGGACGCCGGCGCGGCGCCCGAGACCUUUGAGUUCCAGGCCGAGGUGAACCGGCUCAUGGACAUCAUCAUCAACUCGCUCUACAAGAACAAGGAGAUCUUCCUCCGCGAGGUCAUCUCCAACGGCUCGGACGCGCUGGACAAGAUCCGCUUCCUCGCGGUGUCGGACGCGGCCGCGCUCGACACGAAGAAGGAGCUCGAGAUCCGCAUCUCGUUCGACAAGGACGCGCGGACGCUGACGAUCCAGGACAGCGGCGUGGGCAUGACCAAGGCGGACCUCGUCGCGAACCUGGGCACGGUCGCCAAGUCCGGCACGACGAACUUCGUCGAGGCCAUGUCCGGCGACGCGUCGGGCGACCUGUCGCUCAUCGGCCAGUUCGGCGUCGGCUUCUACUCCGUCUACCUCGUCGCGGACCGCGUGCGCGUGCGGUCCAAGCACAACGACGACGACCAGCACGUCUGGGAGUCCGCCGCGGACAGCUCCUUCACGGUCUGGCAGGACCCGCUCGGCGACACGCUCGGCCGCGGCACGGAGAUCAAGCUCUUCCUCAAGGAGGACGCGGGCGAGUUCCUCGACCAGGACCGCCUCGAGGAGCUCGUCUUGCGCUACUCCGAGUUCAUCACCUUCCCCAUCUACCUCUACAAGUCGAAGACGGAGACCGUCGAGGUCGACGACGACGAGGACGAGGACGAGGAGGACCUGGACGAGGAGGAGGAGGAGGAGUCGGAGGAGGACCUCGAGGACGACGAGUACGAGGAGGAGGAGGACGACGAGCCGCGCACGACGACGGUGACGAACUGGGACUGGCACCAGGUCAACUCCGAGAGCGCGAUCUGGAGCCGCGACGCGUCCGACGUCGACGACGAGGAGUACCGGUCCUUCUACAAGACGCUGAGCAAGGACACGGCGGACCCGACGACGUGGAUCCACUUCAAGGCCGAGGGCGAGGUCGAGUUCAAGUCCAUCCUCUUCGUCCCGGGCCAGGUGCCCUUCGACAUGUACGACUCGUACCACACCAAGUCCGCGCAGCUCCGCCUCUACGUGCGCAAGGUGCUGAUCACGGACGAGUUCGAGGAUCUCGUGCCCCGCUACCUCAACUUCCUCCGCGGCGUCGUCGACAGCGACGACCUGCCGCUCAACGUGUCGCGCGAGACGCUCCAGCAGCACAAGGUGCUCAAGGUCAUGGGCAAGAAGCUCGUGCGCAAGGCGUUGGAGAUGCUCCGGAAGCUCAGCCAGCUCAAGGAGAAGGGCGACGACGACGAGGACGAGGACGACGAGGAGUCCGAGGACGCCGACGAGUCCGAGGAUGACGACGAGGACCCCUACAUUGGCUUCUGGUCGAAAUUCGGCAAGAACAUCAAGCUCGGCAUCAUCGAGGACUCCGCGAACCGGUCCAAGCUCACGAAGCUGUUGCGCUACAAGUCGAACAAGAGCGGCGAGGGCUACGUGUCCCUCGAGGAGUACGUCGAGAACAUGAAGGACUGGCAGAAGGCCAUCUACUACAUCGCGGGCGAGUCCGUCGCGGCCGUCGAGGAGUCGCCCUUCCUCGAGAAGUGCAAGGCCAAGGACCUGGAGGUGCUGUACUUGGUGGACCCCAUCGACGAGUACGCCAUCCAGCACGUCACGGAGUUCGACGGCAAGAAGCUCCAGUCCGUGACGAAGGAGGGCCUCAAGUUCGGCGACGAAAACGAGGACGUGGAGAAGAAGCGCAUGCAGCUCUACAAGGAGACCUUCAAGCCCCUCACGGACUACCUCAAGGCGCUCUACGGCGACGCCGUCGUCAAGGUGUCCGUGUCGCGCCGCGUCGAGACGACGCCGACGGUCAUCGUCACGUCGCAGUACGGCAACAGCGCGAACAUGGAGCGCAUCAUGCGCGCCCAGGCCUUCUCGGAGAAGCAGGCCAUGGGCCAGAUGUCGUCGCAGAAGACGAUGGAGAUCAACCCGCGCCACCCCAUCAUCGCCAAGCUCAAGGAGCUCGUCGCCGCGGAGAAGGACGACGAGUACACGUCGGACCUGAGCUGGCUCCUCCUCGACAACGCGCUCAUGCAGUCGGGCUUCGAGGCCUCGGACGUCGCGGCCUUCAGCGAGCGCGCGCUCCGCAUCCUCAAAUCCGGCCUCUCCGUCGAGUCCAUGGACCUCCUCCCGGAGAUCGAGGUCCCGGACGAGCCCGAGGAGGAGGAGGAGGAGGAGGACGCCGUCGACCUCGACGACUUCGAGGACGCGGGCGAGGGCGAGCUCUAGGGCGCGACCGGACCAUCCCCGCCGCCGGGCCUUCGCCGCCGCGGCCGCCCCGCCCUUUAAACUGACACCCCACC